AAUUCUAUAAUAUGUCAAGAUAUUUUUCAGCAAAUCAAUUUGAGCGUGAGUUUGCUCCUCAGAACUUAUGUAACUGGGAAGUGCCAAGACAACAUCGUCCACAACCUCAUCAACGUAAAGGUUGCACUGAAGUGAUAUCAAAUCAACGUGGUCAUCUAUUGCCAGGCAUUCCAAAAUUGAGGUGUGAUGGACGAGUGCAUGAAUUGAAUAAAAAAUCGAGAGUAAAAGGCCGAAAGACAGAAACGUAUAACGAAGAAUUGGAAAAAGAUUUAUCAUACAAACCGGGUGAUUUGACCGAACCCGAUCAACAACAUCACAGUCGUUCAAUAUUGGAUGAAAGAUUUCCGGUUCAUUUGCCGGAAUUGAAUGAAUUGUAUGUGGAAAAGCCAAAAAAGUUCAAUAAUUUAGAUGAAACACCAAAAUUAUGUUGUGACCACGACGAAAAAUCGCCAAAAGAUUUUACGGAAUUAAUUGAGCAAUUGCCACAAAUUGAGAGAACAAUGCGUCAAGAAGUGUCGGAAAAACCGGGUGAAAAUAAUACAAUUCCAUUGAUUCCUGCAUAUUGUAAUUUUCAAGCAGCACGUAAAAUGGCCCAAGAAAAUUUGGAGCAUCAACCAUUACCUGAUUCAAUUAUGGAUCGAGCAUUCUUGAAGAUGCAAUCACAAGGUCUUCUCAAUCCGGAGCUAUCGCUGAAUGUGGAACCGUUGGCAACGGGUGUUGGCGUGCGAACUCAUAAUGCAGGUCCAACGCAUUGUACAAAAUUAAAAGUAUAUCGUCCAAAAACGUGUGGCGUGGUUCCGCCUCCGAUUGAUAGUCGAAAUAGUCAUCGUCCACAGACGGCAUUCAAUAAUAAGACAAAAAUCGAUCCAAUGGAUUUGGCUAUUUGUUGGGACUACGCGCUGGAAAAUCCUUUAGAUGAACCGAAACCAAGUGCUCACAUUGAUGGUUCGAAUGACAUCGUGGCUCCGGCAAUUUUUAGCGUAGUUAAAACACCACGACCAAAUGAUGACCAAAAUAAUACAGGUCGUUCGGCCGGUGUUUUUGCUCAUACAGCCGGCGAAGAAGGAUUUUUCGACAAAGACAUUAUGCUGCGUAAUAAAAAUUACUUUUCGACACGUCUCGAGAAAAACACCGAUCGAACGUGUAAAUGUUCAACGGAUUCGCGUUCACAUAGUGCCAGUCGAAAGGUGUCGCAACAAGAACGACUACAGACAACCAAUCGUUGCAAAAGUUCACCGAAUUUAUCGGUUUUGGUGCAACCAAGUGAAAAUACCAUCCGAGAAAGUAUCAUUGUUUGUAACUAUAAUAAGGAACAUUAUCAUUAUCGACCAGAACCGAAAAAACGUCAUCGUACCAACAUUCGCAAACAUACAUGUUGUGAAAAAUCUCGACCAGUGCGGUUGUGCGAACAAAAUAUUCAGAAACUAAAUCAUCAGCAAAUGGGAAAGAUGGAAUUUAAAGCGGCCUUCAAGGCGGGCGUACCAAAGAGUCAUUCCAGUGGCUUUUGCAGCAGUCUUGAUCACACAUCGAAUGGAAGCAAUUCAACGGGAACGGAAUUUACAACAAAAGUAUUCAAAAUUCCAAAACCAAGACAACCGUAUGCUAAGAAAAAUUACUCCAUCGACACACUCGCACCACCGUUCGCAUGCUUCAACGGCGGAGCAGGACAAGGUGGUUAUCCAGAACAUUGGCGUUUGGCAUCCGUUUAUCAGCACGCAUAUAAACCGGUGGAACAACGUAAACGACCACUAUUAGCUACAGUUUAUCAAUAA